CACAACAGUUCACUUGAAGUUUAUCUCUCAAUACAACACACAUAACCUGUACUAAGUAAUGUGUUUUAGUAGAUGAGUAGACCAGGUUAGGUGGUAGGAGGAGAUUGAGUGCUUGCGAAAUUCUUGUAGUUUUUUUUAGCGGUUAAGCGUGUUACAACCUCAGUAUUACAUAAUAAUUUUACUUCUAAAAGUUUAGUUUUAAUUUGGAAGUCAGGCAAGGAAGGUGGUUUCUUCUAUAAUUUCUUUGCAUUAUUGAAAUGGUAUGUUAGGAUUCAGUUUGUCAGUUUCCUGAUCCAAUUAAAGAAGAAAACUAAGCACACAAUUUACUUAUCCAGAAUUCAGCAGGAAAGAAGUGGAGUGUCUCUCCGACAUAAUGGAUAUGAAGUGUUGGAGGCACCAACGGUUCAAGUCAUUGAUUGUGGAAAAGAAGAGAAAAAUCUUCGAUGUACAGGAUAUCAACAAAGUUGGUUUUGGACAAUGAUCCUCCACACAAUAUCAAUUUGUUUUCUGGGCAUUCCUUACCUCUUUUUGCGUUGGUAUCCACAAUACCAUGCAUAUAUUGGCCUGUCCCGCUGCCCACUCAACAUAGCUGACACAGUACUAAUUCAGGUGCCCUGGGGUCCUGACACACUACACAGAGUGUUUGUGACUGCUGGCAGUGAGGCCCACAGUGCAGGAUCUUCCAUGCGUUUUUUUGUCCACCAACUAAGGAAAUUUAUUUGGAUCCCUGAAGCACGGGAGUUCCGUAUGCUGCAAGGUUUGGCCAAUGAUAAGAAUACUUUGCAGUAUUUACUUGACAAUCAUUCCAGUGGUCUUUCUCUUGAGCAACAAAAGCAACUGCUUGCUGUGCAUGGAAGAAAUCAAAUUGACGUUCCUAUAAAGUCAUACUGGCGCUUAUUGAUUGACGAAAUUUUAAAUCCAUUCUAUGUUUUUGAAAUGGCCAGUGUUAUCUUCUGGUGUUAUGAUACCUACAUUUACUACUCAAUGUGUAUUGUUGUCAUUUCUGCGUAUUCCAUCAUCCACACCCUCAUUCAAACUCGACAGAUCAGCAUGAUGACUCGUGAGCUGGUGGCAGAGAGCAAUGCUGACACAGUUACUGUUAGCUUAGUUGAUGGAGAAACUGUGAAGGUGCCUUCGCAAGACUUGGUGCCUGGGGACACCAUUGUAAUUCCUCCGCAUGGCUGCCUCAUGACCUGUGAUGCCCUGCUGCUCACUGGAAACUGUAUUGUUAAUGAAAGUGUAUUGACAGGUGAAAGUGUGCCAGUGAUGAAGAGCCUUCCAGCAUAUGUGGAUGAAGUAUAUGACCCACAAGCCACCCACAGCCGACACACCUUGUACAGAGGCACACGAGUCCUCCAGUCUCGCUACUAUGAUAAUAACCAGGUGUUAGCACUUGUUGUGAGGACAGGCUCAGACACCGCAAAUGGUCAACUAGUGCGUUCUAUCCUCUUUCCCAAGAACUACGGAUUCCACUUAUACCAUGACAGUAUCAAGUUCCUGUUCCUUAUGUCUCUCAUUGCUGUUCUUGGCAUGUGUUGUAGCAUAUAUCUGUAUACACUUCAUGGGGCUGAUCUAGAGGAUAUGAUUUUACGCAGUUUGGACAUAAUAACAAUAGUAGUCCCACCAGCUCUACCAGCGGCCAUGACUAUUGGUAGCAACUACUCUCUACAGAGGCUCAAGAAACAAAAGAUCUUCAGCACUUCUGUGUCUCUUAUCAGUAUCUGGGGCAAAGUUAAACUUAUCUGCUUUGAUAAGACAGGAACUCUGACAGAGGAGGGUUUGGAUGUCCUGGGGAUUUUACCCAGUGAGAGUACUUCCUUAGAUCCCAACACCAUCAUCACUGACAUUUCUACCCUGGAUCCCAAGUCCCCUCUAGCUCAGACUAUGGCUUGCUGUCACAUGCUUACAUACAUUGAGGGCAACCUCAGUGGAGAUCCCCUAGACCUUAGCAUGUUCAAUGCUUUAAAGUGGGACUUAGAAGAGCCUGGAGAAGACACCACCCGAUAUGACCUUCUUACUCCAACCAUAGUCAAACCUAAACGUAGCACUUCAGUCAACACUAUAGUGAUGCUUGAUGAAAUGCUCAAUAACAUUGAAGAAACAGGAGAAGACUUUGAAGUGCCUUAUGAAAUUGGUGUUGUGAAAAAGUUUCCUUAUAGUACAUCUACGAUGACAAUGACUGUAAUAGCUAGAGUUCUAGGAGCCAGCCAAAUGACAGUUUAUACCAAAGGAGCUCCUGAGAGUAUGGUUGAAAUGUGCCUUCCUCAUACAGUACCUGAAAACAUGGAUACUGCUCUCAGUGAGUACACAGCGUGUGGUUACCGAGUGAUAGCCCUCGCGUACAAGAAGCUGCCUCGCAAGUUCAAUUGGGUUCAAGCUCAACGAUCUCAGAGAUCUGAGGUAGAGAAGGACUUAAUCUACCUUGGGUUGCUGUUAAUGCAGAAUACUCUAAAGCCCAAAUCCUGUGAAGUGAUUAGUGAACUACAGAAAGCUAGAAUAAAGUGUGUCAUGGUUACAGGUGACAAUCUACUGACGGCAGUGAGUGUGAGUAGGGAGUGUGGUAUAUUACGUAGAGAAAGUCCAUUGGCAUUUGUAACUGUGGACACGAAACAAAGUGAUCCAGUGAUUAAAUUGAAACCUUUGUCAAUCACUUCAUCCACUGACUUUCAGGAUAUCUACGGGUGUUCAACUCAGAUGGCCAUUGACGGUAACAACUGGUCGCAGCUGAGGACACAUCUCCCGUCCAUGGUGGGGGUGAUAGCCACCAAGUGUGCUGUGUUUGCACGCAUGUCUCCUAACAACAAAACUCAGCUGAUAGAGGUGCUGCAGUCCAUGGAUUAUGUUGUUGCAAUGGUUGGCGAUGGUGCCAAUGACUGUGGGGCACUGAAGGCAGCGCAUGUGAGUGUGUCUUUGUCACAAGCAGAGGCAUCCAUUGCAGCUCCGUUUACGUCUAGGCAGACUGAUGUCACUUGUGUUGUUGAUCUCAUGAAGGAGGGGCGCUGUGCACUGGUCACCAGCUUCGGCAUCUUCAAGUAUAUGGCUAUAUACAGUUUAAUCCAGUUCAUGUCUGUACUCAUUCUGUACCAGCGAGGUGUUGAGUUAAGCAACAAUGAGUUCCUGUAUGUGGACUUGGUGAUAACCACAAGCCUGGCCUUCAUGAUGGGGCGUGCUGGGCCAGCCCGGCGGCUCGUGUCUCACCGCCCACUCAUGAGCUUGGUAUCUGCCACAAACGUCAUCCCACUACUGUUGCACAUCACAGCCUCUGCAGUUAUCCAGUACCUCUCACUAUUCAUUCUGGAGUCCCAAGUGUGGUUUGUCCCUGUAAACCCCUAUAUAGAAAAAGGAGGCACAGUGGAAUCAUGGGAAAACACAGUAAUCUACACCAUCAGUUGUUUCCAGUGUUUUAUCCAAGCUUGUGUAUUCUCCAAAGGCAAACCACAUCGUCAACCAUUCCACACCAAUUUGAUAUUUGCUGGGCUGAUAUUGGUGCUGACAGGUUUUACCACGGUGCUGAUGGUUUGUCCACCAACAUUCUUGGCUGAAAUCUUCGAGUUAAAACCAUGGACUCCUAAUGAAGCUUGGUUUAGAGUUUCUCUUAUGGUUUUGCCUGUUAUCAACACAAUUCUUGCAUUUCUUAUUGAGAAUGGAGUAGCAGAAUCAAGAUUGUUAAAAGUUAUUGUCCACAAGAUAAACAAGAAGAAACAACCCAAAAAUAAGUACAAACAAAUUGAAAAAGAAGGCAUCCUCGGUUAUCCUUACAUUUGCAAUGAGGAGGUUUAAACUAUUAAGUGUAGUAGUACGUGAUGGUACUUUUCUUAGAUAUUCAAAGGCUGUGUUUCAUGUAUUUUAGAGUUUUCAGGUAAUUGUAAAGUUAAGACUACUUUCUAUACUCUAGUGUAUCAUUUAAUCACUAGAAAUUUAAUUUCCUUUGUUUUAAUUGUUAUAUGUAAUUUUCUUUCAGUCUUUCAUUUUAAUUUUUUUAACUAAUACCAGAAGUUUGUAAUUUAUUGACAAUUUUGGUUUGGUACAACAUUUAUUGCUCGUAUGAGGUUAGUAUAGAAUCAAAAAAAUUAAAGUUCAAAGAACAUUUUCAUCUAAAUUUUAGUUAAGUAUAUUUCUUGAAAUAGGUUCAAGUUUUCUAGUUUCGGUGAAUAAUAACUUCCCGAGAAGUCAUGUAAUUUGAAAACAGGUAUUUAUUACAUGCCUGGUAUGCUUGUCUUAUUGCUCAAUCAGUUAAUUAAUUCAAAAAUUCUAUUUUGAAAUAUAUUGUUAUUCAUGACAUUCUACUUUGUCUCAAAUAAAAUAAUUUAAUAACUUUUAAUAUAAUGAUCAUUACAGUGUUAUGUAAUUAUUGUGCAAUAAUUCACCCAAAAUCAAUAACAUGUGGCCUCAAGUAGUUUUUAGUAUCUUUGUUAUAGUGAGUACUUUACUGAAGAAUUACUAUAUAUAUAUAUAAAAUGAAACUUAGAGAACAAUCAGAUCAAUAAAUGCUGCUUACAUUUAGAUGUAUCUUUGCGUAAUUUAUAACAGUAAAAUAUUUCUUUGUUGAAUUUGAUCUUUAUUGUACUUAUUUAAAUAAUAUUUGUUAUGUUUAGUAAGUUUUAUCAUAAAACUUUAUUUUUGGCAUGUUUAGCAUUAAACAGGGUACCUUUUGUUCAUUUUUUCCUUUGUUUAACUGAAAGGCCCUCCUAGAAUUCCAGUGUUUCAGAGUAGCACACAAUCUUAAGGCUGGUUAUUCUGAAAUUACCAUGUGUUUCUCUUUAUUAGAAAAAUGUUAAACCUUAAAUAUUUUAUUUCUCAUUUUAGGUUGUAGAAUGUUGCAGCAAGAUAUGGCUAAUACACAUUCAAAAUUUUAUGAUUUUUGUAAAAUGAAUAUAGUUUUUUGUAAUUCAGUUUUAAUUUCAUAACUUUUUAAUAUUUUGUUAAAUGAACAUCAGUAAUAUAAGAAAACAUCAAGUCUUGGCUCCAAAUAAACCAUAUAAUAAAUUAAGACAUCUUGCUAAAUUCUGUGACCAAAAAAUCAAGGAAUACAAUCUUUUAAGGUUUACUAAUGGUACAAAAAUAACUUUAGCCUCCAGUAUAGCAGAGUUUAACCAUCUCAACAUUAGCAGUUGGUAUAUCAUGAUUGAAAUGUCUGUUUCUCAUCUAUAGCACCUACUGGGUUAAUCUUCAUUCAAAAGCCAAGAUUUGGGGCACGUUACAGUCCUUUGUAUAAAAUGUAUUACUGACAAUGGGUAAUUUGAAAGAAUUGGAUUUUAGACAUUUGCCAUUUUUAUAUAUUACAACACGCAAAACUCUACAUUUCAAGAGCUGAAAUCCAUCCUCUUCUACGGGUUUCCAAAACUUUAGGCAUAAGGUAAAGCUUGCUCAAAAAUAAAUCAAGAUAUGGCUAUAUACUCCUCAUAGUCAAUCUUGAUGACAGUACAAGAAGAGGGUGGAUUCCAGUUUUCAGAACGUAACACAAUAAAAAUAAUAAUAAUAACAUAACAACACAAAGAAUUAAUAACUAAACAUCAUAAUAAUAACAUACUUAUAAUAAACAAAACAAAUAAUUUAUAAUUUUUGAAACAUAUAAAAAUAUUAAAUGUUGAAAUCCUGUUUCAGUAGAGGUAUGAAAUAACUAGAUGAAAAGUUGUGAAAGUGGUGGUCUAAUUCAUUUGUUGACAACAAAUAUUGUUUGCAAGCCUGAGAAAUUAUACUAAACCCUUGGAAAUCCAUUUAUGCAAUAUAGUAUAUGUAUAUAAUAUGCAAUCCAUUUAUGCAAUAUAGUAUAUAUAUCUGAACACACAUAAUUGGAUAAUGGCACUGUCUUCAGAACAAAUUGAUACAAAUGAAUAAAAAUGAUAAUGACAGUUGUACUAUGCUUCCUUAUGAUGCCAAACUAUUGUUAAGAUUAUAUAUAACAUUGUAACAAAAACAGUACUUUUAUUUUUAUUGCUAAGCUUCCUAUUUUGUACAAAGUAUUAUAGAUGUGCACAUUAGUACACAAAAAAGUCAUAAAACUUGCGUAUUAGUUAACAAAAAAAAUUAGUUCUACAUUUAUUGCAAAGAAUAUUCGCCACAUAACUACUACAACUGGCUGUGUAUAUUUGCAAGUCGAUAAGUUAGAGAUGCUUUGUCUAGGUACACUGUUAAAAAAAAGUUGUCCCACAGUUGAAUCAUUUGUCUCUUCCAUUCAAGAUAAAGAUGAGACACAUGCUUUUGACAAAGUGUAGGAAUCUUGAACUGUAGUCAUGAGAUAUGUUAAUGUCUGUAACUAUCGCUAAUUUGCAGAUUGUUAUAUACAUAUAUACACAGUGUUUACAAAAGGGUGUCACAAAUUUCUGUUGCCGAUAGUACUCAUUAUUCGGAACAAACAAUGUCCUAUAAACAUAGGUCGAGAAAUGUGUCAUUUAGCCAAUAGCCCCCAUUUAGAUGUUUUAGAAAAAAUAAUUUUUUUCGGUUUUGCAUCAGUUAUAAAAAAUUAAAAAAUGUUAACUAUUUUCCAAUUUUUAUAACAAUUCCAUUGGUACGGCAAGCACGACCAUUUUGUUAUUAUUGGCAAAUCAUAUUAUUAUACUUUUAAAUUUUUUCUUAUUUGUUACUACCUAUGUGAAAAGUCUGGUAUUUGUAGCUUUAUUAGUUCUAGAGAUAUUAAUUUUUUUAUAGAAAAUACAAAAUGGCAGCUAGCGGCUAAACAACACAUUUCUUGACCUACGCUGAUAGGGAAUUUUUUGUUAGGAAUGAUGAAUACUAUCAGCCACAGAAGUUUGUGACACUCUUUUGUGAACACCAUUCUAAUUUUUAAUUUAGUACUAUAUGAUAAAGUUGAAAGACUGUUUCUCAAAUUUUAUUAGCUUAUUGUAAAUUUUUCAACUGGAACUGAUUGUUUUUAAUAUGUUAGAGGCCUGCCACAGUUACUUCUCUUAAUGUUAGAUAUAUAUCUGAAGUGAAAUGACAUAUGGUUUAUCAUUUAUUUUGUUUAUUUCAUGUAAUACUUUCUAACGUUGCCUGGUUAAAUAAUACUUUCUUUACUUUACUGUUAUUUCUAAUCUUAUUCUUUAAUUUUACAUCAUUUUGUGUUACAACAUUACUGCUAGGCCUAACUCAGUAAGGAAACAUUGUACAACUUUCAUUAAAAAUUUGUUUUAUUUGUAUAAAAUUGUUGGGAAGAAGAACGAUUAUGGUUCAAAUAGUAGCAUCUCAUACUGGGUGCUUCAGUGGAUAGUUGGCUUAAAAUUCAAAAUUAAUUACUCUUACCCCUAUAGUACUGUAAUUCAAUCCAUUAGCUAAGAUUUGUUUUUAUAGUUAUUUGACAAAUUAACUAACUCUACAGUUAAUGUAACCAAAAUACAAUUUCAUUGAAUUUCUCGGACUGGUGAACUAUAAUGGUUAUAAUUUGUAACAAAUGAUUAGGACUGCUACCAGCUACCUAUAUUAAUCUAUCUUUUCCUAGAUUGUACGUAAAUAGUAAAUUUUAAAUGGCUCUUCCCAUUCAAUUUCCUACAUUUUAAAAAUAUAAUUAUUACCCAUAAUCAAUAACUUGCGUAUAGUGAAUAUUUGUUUUUGAUGUAACAUAGACUUUAAACCCCAUCCUGAAACCAGCUUGAUGUUUUCAGAGCCAAACGUGAUCUUGUGAGAUUCAUUUUAAAAUUUUGUUUGAAACUGAAUAAAAAUCUACCAACAAUAUUUUAAUAUUGUUCUUCAAACUGUUAUAUUAUUGUUGCUUGUUUUUCGUUCAACAUAGAAAAACAUCAAUUAACUGAGAUUUCUUACCUCUGUAAAUGUUAUAGAAAUAUAUUUUUGAUUAUUGUCCAAUAUAAGUAAGCCUAAUAAUAACUACAGUAAGCCUUUUACAAUUUUAAAACUAUUUUCUAAACAUACUUCAAGUCACUCCAUUGAUAAAUUAUACAAAAUAUACUAUUGCUUUAUAAAUCAUAAGUGUGUUUUGUAUUUUGAAUGAAUAAAAUCCUUAUAAAAAGCUAAUUCCCUUGUGGUAGAAUUAGAUGUUUUCCUCUAUAUUUGAUUUAAAUCAAAUUUGAAUAUAUCAUAUUCAGAUUUUUAAAAUGGUCUGGAAAAUAGCAAAAUCAAAAUAGAAUUUAUAAUAAAAUGAUUUUGUAGCAUAUUAUAUUUUAUAAUAUCUGUAAUAACAUUAAAGUUUAUAUAAUAAAACAGUAAGAUCUUAAAGUAUUAUAAAAUUAACCUAGUCUGUUUCUCUUGAGCUUGAGACAAAUUUGACCAUAGAUAAGUAAGGUAAGUUUUGAGUAUGAUUUUCACUUUCUUGGUGAAGAUUACAUCCAUCAACAUUGAUCAAAUGUAAAUAAGUCUUAAUUUAAGUUUAAAAUAAUUUUAAAUGUUAUUUGUAGUGAAAAAUUUAACAACUGUACUUUAUUUUUCCAUACAAACUCCUCUUUGGGGAAAUGUAAGCAUGAUAAUGAUGGAGUGGUAGUUUAUUUAAGUUGAAAUAAUUUCAUCUUAUUAUAUUAGGAUCUUAGAAAACCAGCCGUCCAUAUUGCUACACUUUACGUACUGCUAUCUGUUGCUCCACUCCAUUCACUGUUAUAUCUUGUUACACUUCAUACACCAUUAUCUGUUGUCACAUUCCAUAACCACUAUCUGUUGCUACACUCCAUACACAUCUAUCUAUUGCUCCAUUCCAUCGCUGCACUCCAUAUACUGCUAUAUGUUGCUAAACUCAAUAUGCCAUUCAUUAUCUGUUGCUACUCUCCAUACACCAUUUGCCAUACCUAAAAGCAGAUGUCCAUUCAAUUCAGUAUUUUUGUUCAACUAGAAAAUCCAAUAUAUCUUGUACAGAAAAAUAAAUUUCAUGACGUGUACAAUGCAAUAAUGCAAAUUUAAUAAUAAUAAUGUGAUAAUACGUAAUAAUAUAGUAAUAUGAGAAAACUAACAGUCCAUAAACAAUUUUAACUAUUUAACUUAUUUAAACCAUUGUAUCUCAUUUUGGCAUUUUGUUAUUGUGAUGAUCCAGUAAGUAAUAUAUGGUAAUUUGUGCAAUUUACAGAAACAUAUAGAUAACCUUGUAUGCGAGAUGUAGAGGUAUUGAGUAGGGAAUCACCAGUUGCUGGGUAAUAUCAUCUGGUGGGUGACUAGUGGAAAUUACUAAAUUCACCAGCUAUCCAUGGCUUGUAAAAGAGUAAGGAAACAUAGCCUAUAUCAUCCUAAACUUUGUUUUGAAAAAUUAUUACCCUGUAAAUCGAAAGUCUUGAAUUGGAAAGAAAUGGAAAGUAAUAAUGAAUGUUAAUCGUGGAUAUGUAGAAGGCUAAUUAGCAUCUUUUGAAAAAUUACCCACUACCUAUUACUAGUCAAGUUCAAACCAACCAAUCAAUCAAUACAAAUUCACUCAUCUACAGUCAUCUACAUCUAGCUGUCAUUUGGAGAUUUUAAUUGUAUUUUGUUAUUGGCAGAUUUGCAUUUAGGAUUCUCUUCAUUUAUGUGAAAAAUUAAAGAAAAAUAAAGAACUAACUAAGUAGAACUAACUAACUAGAACUAACCGAAGACUAACUAUAGAUUUAACUUGAAGAUAAAUUACUUUAAAAUUUUGUCCACUGUAAACUAUGUAAUUAUUCAAGUACGAAUUAUUGUAUCGCACUUACUUUUUUACUUAAUAGUUUACUAAUAAAUUUAUGUUUAAGGUAAAUUUUUGAAUGUGAUUCAACUCUUUGAAUACAGUGCUAUAUACAGACCUCCUCCAAAUGUGUGCUCAUCUUUCUAGAUGAGACAGAAUAUAUAUUUAUAGUUUUACAGCUAUAGAAAAUACAAAAUUAAAAAAGUUAAUAGUUUAAACAAAUCCAAUAAAAUAAAAUAUUUGUGAUUUGUACAAUUUUUCAGUUAGAAAAUGAUUUAUAUUGGUUGUUUAAGUGUAUGUGGUAAAUCUAAAGUGUUUCUUGAAAUAGGCUCUAAAACGUAUUAAAAUUUCAAUCCUUUCACAUGUAUCCUUUCAAAUAAGAAAUACAAAAAAGAAAUUGAUACAUUAAAAAAAUGUGGUAUUUGUAUUUUAUUUAUUGACAAAUUUCUUGUUAUUAAAUGUUAUUAAAACAUAAAACUCAUAGUCAUUUUUAAUUGAGUUCUGAUCUUUUUCUGAAACUCUACAACAUUCCUGUAUUUUUUCUACAGCAUUUAUGUACAACUAUGUGUAGUGGAAGAUAUUCAGAGGGGUCAAUAUAUAGUAGUGUAGUUAUCAAAGGCUUAUAAAUGUUAUCACAUGCUUCAUUCUUACUCACUUGUUCAAACUAUAUUAAUUACUCAUGCCCAUCUUCACAAAUAUAACACAAUAAUAAGACAUAAUAUAGAAUAAAAUAUUUAAAUAUUGUUUGAUUCCUUUAUACUAAUAUCAGUCACUAUUAAUAAAUAUUUGAUUAAUUUUAAAGAACUACCAUUGUACUUGAUUUUGGAAGUACUCAAAUCACUCUCUAAGAGAAAUGCAAGGUGACAUAAUAAGUGUCCCGCUGUGGCCUAUUAAGUGAUAAUAUUUAUUUUUCAGGUGUAUAAUAUAGUUAGUUUUAAUGUGGUAUAUUUAAAAGCAAUUGUUAACCAGCAACAUUUUUUGUUUGUGAUAAAAUUAACUUUAUCACAUAGAUGAUAUUUUAGCCAGAAAUUGCUAUUUUUAUAGUAAAUUAAUUACAUUCAAACAUACUUUUAAUAAGUACUUAAUACCUUUCUUAUUGAAUCAGAAUUAUUUGUAUUUUUAUAGUAUUUAUUGUAGUAAGUGUAAAACAGUGUCCAUUUUAAGUAUUAUCACUGUUGUACUUGUAAUGUUCUGUUUUUGUUACAUGAAGAGAUUCAGAAAUAAUUAAAAAGAUAUUAAAAAUCUCA